AGUGCCGUGGUAGGUUGUCAUCUGAAGGGGUUUGGUUACUGUUGCUGCUGCUGCAAUGAAAACAUCGGCAGUGGAGGAGAGUGGAGCCAGUCUUUUAAUUGCCAAGAUUUGCGUGAGGAUUUGCUGAGCUGCUGUGUUAGGCAGAGUGAGCAUGUGGAGUGUGCCGUGGGCUCGAGGGAUUUGCUGUUGCUCGGGACCUCAGUCCUGGCUGCCCCAUGCCGUCUGCUAACGCCCCUCGCUGAGCUGCACAUCCCGGGCCUUACCUCUGGUGGAAUUUGUCUUCAUGAAGAUUCCUGACAUUGGUAAUGUGAUGAAUAAAUUUGAGGUCCUUGGGAUUGUAGGUGAAGGAGCCUAUGGAGUGGUACUUAAGUGCAGACAUAAGGAGACAAAUGAAAUUGUGGCCAUUAAAAAGUUCAAGGACAGCGAAGAAAAUGAAGAGGUCAAGGAAACAACACUGCGGGAGCUUAAGAUGCUCCGGACGCUGAAGCAGGAAAACAUUGUGGAGCUGAAGGAAGCGUUUCGGAGACGAGGGAAGCUGUACCUGGUCUUCGAGUAUGUGGAAAAGAACAUGCUGGAGUUGCUAGAGGAGAUGCCGAAUGGAGCCCCACCUGAGAAAGUCCGAAACUACAUCUAUCAGUUAAUCAAAGCUAUUCACUGGUGCCACAAGAAUGACAUUGUCCACAGAGAUAUCAAGCCUGAAAAUCUCCUGAUCAGCAGUGAUGAUGUUCUAAAGUUGUGCGAUUUUGGUUUUGCCCGGAAUCUAUCAGAAGGAAGCAAUGCCAACUACACAGAAUAUGUAGCCACCAGGUGGUAUCGCUCGCCUGAGCUGCUCUUGGGGGCUCCCUAUGGGAAGGCGGUUGACAUGUGGUCCGUGGGCUGUAUCCUGGGGGAGCUGAGCGACGGGCAGCCCCUGUUUCCAGGUGAGAGCGAGAUCGACCAGCUGUACACCAUCCAGAAAGUUCUGGGGCCGCUUCCACCCGAGCAGAUGAAGCUUUUCUACAGCAACCCUCGCUUCCACGGACUGAGGUUCCCUGCAGUCAACCACCCUCAGACCUUGGAGAGACGAUACCUGGGAAUUAUUAGUGGUGUCUUGUUAGACCUAAUGAAGAACCUCCUGAAGCUCAGUCCCUCAGAGCGUUACCUGACGGAGCAGAGCCUGAACCACCACGCUUUCCAGACCCAGCGCCUGCUGGACCGGCCUGGCGGGGCCUCGCCUCCUCGCUCCUCCAAGAGGAAGUCUUACCACGGGGAGAGCAACUCCUCCUCCAGCAGGAACCAUGGGAGUAAGAGCUCAGGCCUGCAGUCCCACCACAGGUCUAACAGCAAGGAUGCCCAGAGCAUGGGCUCCAGCCUGCCACGUGUGGAGGAUGUCCACGCUAACACCGACAGCUUUCUCAAUGGGAACCUACCCCCCCCACCUGCCCUCAGCCCCACUAUGCACCCCAAGAACUACCAACAACAGACACUCAACCGUUCAGCCUCCAGCAGCAAAGACUUAGCCAACAACAACUUGCCCCACCUGCUCAGCCCCAAGGAGGCAAAAUCCAAGACAGAGUUUGACUUCAACGUAGGGCCCAAGGCCGCUGAUGGGCCAGGGGCCAAGUAUCUGAAGUCUAACUCCCGUUCCCAGCAGAACCGCCACUCCUUCAUUGAAGGCAAGACUGGCACACUGCAGUCGGGAGAGAAGCACAACCGCCACAGUUACAUGGAAACUUCUCAUGGCUCUAUGCCUGCACCCUCAAAGAACGUGGCUUCCUACCUAAACCUCUCCAAGAGUCAUGGGGCUCUCAAUGACUCCAAAUCUGUGGGCAACCUCAGUGAGGCCCGCAUACACCUGGAGGACCCCAGCUCUCGGUAUUUCCCCUCUAGCUGCAUGGACCUCAAUGCCCCUGGGAGCCCCUCGGGGCGGCACAGUGAUGGCCGCCCUGCUGUUAGCCCCUCUGGCCGCAGCAAUCCCCGCAUGGAGAGCGGCACCUUGGACUCCCGCCGAUCCUCUUCCCGCCACUCCAAGACGCUGGAAGAAAACAAGUCCCCUGACCUGCUGGACAGUGGGGGCGGGGGGGGGCAUUCCCACUCCCUGUCUGCACCCCAUGAGUCUUUCCCCUACGGCCUGGGCUACACCAGCCCCUUCUCUUCCCAGCAGCGGCCCCACCGCCACUCCAUGUACGUGCGCCGAGAGCGGCCGCGCGCUCAUGGGCCUGACACGGGGCUCAGCGUGGGCCAGGGCAUGCCAUCCCGCGCCAGCAGCCUUCAGCUCCUCUCCCCACAGCUGCAGCACCGGACACUCACUAGGCACUCAGUGGGCUCCUCGCGGGAGGACUGCACCGACGACAUAAACAGGAGUGACCAGUCCCCUACAGAGGUGACCCAUUCCCGACCCCUGAUUAAAGACUCCACGCGGGACAACACAGCACCCUUUCACACACAGCGCCAAAAAAGCGAGGUGGGAAUGUACCAUGAUCCACACCCUGAAGAUGGAGCAUCAUCAAAAGAAAACCGGAUCAUUUACACAGAUUCCAUGCCCAGACGAGUAGGAAGCUUUUACAGAGUUCCUUCUCCCCGACCUGACAGUACGUUCCAUGACAGCUCAGUGCAGAGCAGGGGCCCUGCCGUGCCUGUGGAGAGCUCUUCUCUGUCCAGCCAUCCCAAGCGACAAACAGCCUUCGAUCCAUGGAGCAACUCUGAGAAUUUGAACAUCAAUCCUCCAGAGCCUACAAAAGAGAAGGAGAAGCAGGGGUUCUUCCGAGCAAUAAAGAAGAAGAAAAAGAAAUCUCAAACGACAGAAAACACCGAUGGAAAGAAUCCCAGCAUCAAGAAAUGCCUUUUUCCUCUUUUUAACUCAAAGAAUAAUAUAAAGCAUAGCUCUUCUUUGAAAGCCCUCCCUGUAAUCACUUCGCCCAUGGUUCCCAGUGACGGGCAGGACCACCUGGCUGUCCAGAAGGCUAUCCGCUCCUCCAACCACCAGAGCAGCCGUCACAGGAACAGAGACCGAGACCGAGAAAGGGAUCGAGACCACGACCGAGACAGAGAAAGGGAGAGGGACAGAGAAUGGCCCGAUAAGAUGACAGAGGUCCAUUCUCAGAGCCAGCCUUUAAAGUCUCUUCGCAAGCUCCUGCACCUCUCUUCUUCAACCGCCAACCACUCGGCCCCCUCUGAACUGCGCUUCCAGCCCCUUCCCAAUCCGCCCUCCAAAGGCGGCUUCAGCGACGGGCGGGGUCACCCCAGCAGCGGUUCCUCGCAGCCCAAGAGCCGUGCGGCCUUCCAGCUCCCCGGGCAGAUCGAGUCCAGCUGGCACGUGUCUGCGCUGAACCGCUCCUCCGCCGAGGGGACUCCUUACCCUGACCAAAUGCCCUCAAAGGGUGGCCAGAACGGGCACAGCUUUAGCCGGUCUUCUCGAUCCCGGAUGCCAAACCUCAAUGACUUGAAAGAAACAGCUCUGUAGGGUCUCCAGCUUCCUCCCUCUCGCCCCCGAGACCGCCCCGCGGUCCUGUCUGCUACCCGGUGAACGUCCCAUCCUGACAGGACAAAAACUUCAGAAGUGGGCUCUGUAAAGCAGGUGUGCCCUCACUCAGAGGAUAGUGAUCUAAAUAUAUGUCUUAAUUUUUUUUAAGCUUCCAUAUUUGAUAGAAUUUGUAAUAUUAUUUAUGAAGCUCAGAUUACAACUUUCCUGUUUUAAAGUACGUUACAGGCUAAAAAAGGUGAUUUUAAAGUAUGGUGGGAAAAUAAGAGUGCAAGUGCUUUAGUUUAUUUAUAAAACACAACAAAAUAUGAAACUUUCCCAUCUCAGUUAAAUAUUUCAGCGAGUUUCUUUCCAAGUAUGUCUUUCAGUAUUUAGGUUUUUCAAAAUUUAGCAGUACUGGUAUAAUAUAACCCAUGUCUGUUUUUGUCUCAAUUUUUCAUGGAAAUGUUAUAAUCUUAACCCAGUAACUUAAUUUAACUUUGGCUUAAGGGGCUGCCUUUUCGACCAGACUGGUAAAAGACUUGUUGACUGACUCACUGUUGCACAUUGUUUUGCCAGAUUUCUUGUAUUCUGGAAUUUCUGGUGGCAACUAACUCUUCCAUGAAGAAUGUAAAACUUUGGCUGUUCAACAUUACUUUUUUCUCCUCGGGAAGGUUAAUCACAAGGCCAGCAUGCAUUUUGUUAGUUUCUAAAUUACAUACCUCUACGAACGUAGUCUAUUGCUUUUCUGAGAGUUUUUCAGUGGGGAGACUAGACAUCCUGUUGGCACUAUUUCUGUGCAUUAUUCAGUGGGCAAUAACUUCCGUAAAGGGUAGCGCAGUGUUUUGCUGUGCAUUUUGUUGUAAACGCGUUUCUUGAGGUGAAUUCUUUGUGUAAUUUCUUGAAGAUUGAAAGAAAGUACUGUUAUCAAAAUUCUAAGCCUUUGAUACUUAACAGUAAUUAAUUACAGGAAAAAUUGUAAAUUGCUUUUAGAUUGAUGAGUCCAGAGAAAAUGGUAGAAAAUAGGUUUUGCUCCGGUGGGUGAUAGAAAAUGAGACUAAAGCAGAUGUUACCUAAAGUGUCCUCCAAUCUGUAGAGCAUCUGUGCUCAGCUUGAAAAGAUCUUACCUUCUCCAUUUUCUUUGCUGAUUAGCUCUGAUCAGACGCCAUUCAUAGAAAUGUGUGAUUGUUGAUUUUGAUACUUGAGAGUUUCUCAAAAUAACUUUUUACAGCAUUAUCAAGACCUGGAUAGCACCACCCUCCAGAAUUAAUCAAUUCUGAUGUCACUGUCAACACAAGAAAAUACUAUUGCUGACAAUGUAUCUUGUGCCGGCAAUACUUCAUCUCAAAAUCCAGUCUGAGAAUUCACAAAUCAAGAAGUCACAAGCAGAUUUUAGUCUAUUGUAAGCUUGUUUAUGUACAAUGUUUGGGUGAAGCCAGACUUGAAGUGGUUUUCCCUUCUCUUUUUCUUUCUGUUUCACUGAAAUUACUUUCCUGUUGGAUGCCAGUAAUUCAAGAUCAAUUCAUCUGUCUCCUCUCAUAAGAAGAACAUUUGACAUCUGUGUCUGUGUCUCAUGUGUGAUUAGACCUUGGAUUUGAACUGCCUUCUCUGGCACCUCUGAGUACCCAACCCACUUGGUCCACAUGAGGGUGAGCCAUAUCCACACUAUGACACUAUGGGGAUAUGACACUAUGAGAUGUCAUUUACAAAAACCCAAACCCUCACCUUGAGAGGGUUGAAUUCCUUUUGAGCAUCCUAGGCAGUGAUGUCAUUGUAAUGUCCCAACUUACACUGAUACCUGUUUACCUCUUCACCUCUAAACUCUGCAGCAACAUCAGUAAUGGACAGAGAUCAGUCUCAGUGAAAAGGGGCAACGGCAUCCUCUACAGCAUAGAGGAUAAAUGUUAUUGGAACAUCAGUUUCUUGUAAAUUUUAAGCCCGUUACCCUGCACAGUGCUUACAAGACUCAAAACCCCUAUGCCAAAGGGCCUACCUCUCAGCGUUGGCAUCUGAUUCAAAUGCUAUUAAAAGUAUUGGGGAGUGACAUAACUCUAUUAUUCUUUGAGACUUAUCAAUACCAGCUCACACCACUUCUCUAUGCAUUCUGCAAAAAUAGUGUUACAUCAGACAACCACCACAGAAGCAAGCCAUUGGGAUGCGUUUGUUUUGAACUUAAGGGCAAUUUAGGAUACAACCCCUUUUAUCUGACUGUGUUUUACAGUUCAGUUUCUCCAGAUUGCUGUGUCCCUGAGGCAAGCCUCUCAGUUCUGUACUUCAUUCCUUUCCCCACUUGAGCAGCUGAUGGACAAAAGCAGCCUUGCCUGGAGCAAAACGCUUGUCGAAUAGCUGCAUGUUAAGCCACAGCCAGAUGCCAGCAGUCCAAAGCAGUUGCUCCAGACUCUUAUCAUAAGUGCCUCUGCAGUUUUAAACCUUAUUAAAAUGGUAAAGAUAAAUCAGGUCAGACUUGCCUCAGAUUGUUCAGGCUAAGUUGUGAAUGUAACGGAGUGAAUUAUUGUCUCUCCUCAACACCUAUUGCCUAUUGCCUAUCGCCCAAACAAAAUUAGGCUUCAACAUUGAAAUUGUUUAAUUUUUUUUAUUAUACUGUGUUUUUUGAACUCCCAAUGUAAUUCAUUUUUGUUUCCUGCAACAUCAAAUUGUCAUCUUUGUGUAAUGCAGUCCAAUUAGAUCCCAUCCUUUCUGAAAAAGUGAAUGUCAUAUUUUGAGAAAGGUGUGUAUCAGGAUUGAGGGAGGGACUGUGUUCUGAAAUGUUGUCAAUCUUGACAUGAGUUCUGCUACCCAGUGUUCACUGUGGUAUUUUAGAGUGACAAUUUGUAAUGUUUUCAAGGAGCCUGUUGCACAUCUGUAGCAAAAGAUGUGCCAGAACUCUUUGCACAUCCAGACAGGAGAUCAAACAAAAACAAGCCAAAUAAACCAGACGGUUAGUACAAAGCAUCCUUUUAUUUUAGCGUUCGUUUGUUAUUUAUAAAAGCACUUCAGUAGUUACAGGUACAACGAAAAGAAUAUUCAUCAAUUAAGAAUAUAUUAUAAAUAUGUAAAAUGUAAAUUGAAUGUUAGAAAAUAGCAAAUAUCAAUAAAAGCUGGAAAUAGCAAUACAAUGUAAAAAAAACAAAAUGUAUUUGUUAUCUUUUAAAAGCGGCUUUACACUGGCGAUGUGCUUAUAAAUAUAUAUUAUCUAUUUUAGUACCAUUAUGUCCUUUGUAAAUACUUGUCAGAGUGUAUUAGAUGCCAAUUGAUGCAUUGUUAGAUAAAAAGUAACCUAUGUGUUUGCUAGAGAACUUAUUGAAAAAAUAUUUUAUUGAAGAACUGAAAGAUUAUUGAGACACUUGUUCCUCUUCUUCCUUUGGUAUCAUCUUCAAAAGCCUGGGGACUCUGAUUUAGCGUACUUGUGCAACAGUGAGCCAUUUCUUCUUACCAGUCUGAGUGUGAAAAUAACUAUUAAUCUGAUGCUAAGGUUCUUGGGAUAAAUGUUAAUUAUUCUAAUUGUAUUUUACAAAUAUAUAUGUGUAUAUACAAAGGGGAGGGAAAGUAGCUUGGUUAAUUCUUUUAUUGUUUUUCUUAAAGAUGCACUUUAAACAGGCUUUCUAGAGUCAGAACAGUAACUUCUCUUUGUAUUCAGUGCUCAUAUAAUCUAUAUUAAAUACAGGUUUCGGUUUCAGCCUAAGUGCCAACAAAUGACUGGCACAGACUUUUGUAUUGUAUUUGCGUUUUGUGUGUUCAGGGUAUGUAAACUGAAAGUGUGUAUCUGCUGUUUCUGUUUUGCAGAGGUUAACGUCUUUUUUUAUUUCUGGAGUGAUUGUUGUGUUAUACAACACUGUAUUAUAUUAAUACCAAUGCGUGAUGAUUUAUUUGGUAAUAUUUAUAAAACUUUAUAGACAACUUUAAGUGAAACAUCAGAAACUUACAAUAAAAAUAGUCAGGUGGAUUUUAAGUUAGUUUUCCGUGUAUGUGUCUGUAUACCAGACACAGUCAAAACUGGUAGCACAUUUAUUUUUAUUUUUUAUUUUGUCUGUAUACAAUAUAUAUUCCUUUGGAAGCUCUGUCAUACUAGUAUUACCUAAAGAAUAAAGGGACCUAAGAAUUGAUGGUUGGGUAUCUAACACUACUAUUAAUGUUUACAUCUGUUACAUUCAAAGGUUCUUGAAAUAAAACAAAUGAAUGGACUAUCAGUUUUUUUGUA